CCAUCCAUUUUCUCCAACAUUCUUUUUCCCUUCCCUCAUGCCGUUUGCCUAAAAACUAGUACCACUUCUCUCUAAAAGAGUUCAAUUUCUAACCAUGUCAGUUGCCUCACAAUAAUUCAUCUAAGCCUCAUCAUCACUAUAAGUAUUUUCAUAUAUAUUAGUUUUGCUAGUUAAUAUGAUGAAUAUGGAAGUGAAGUAUUCAUCGUAUGGUUUCUACAGUAAAAGUUCCACAAAUAUGAGUCCUGCAAAUGGGAAGAAAAUCCACUAUGACCAAACAAAAGUAGUUCCACGUACUGAAGAAGAUCGAUAUAAUAAUAAUCACAGAAGUGGUAAUUCAGGUUUAGGAAAUCUGAAUUUUCACAACUUGUCAAAGCUUAUUCUUCCUCCUUUAGGUUCCUCUGGUUAUAACCACAAUCAGAUUGAUCUCUACAAAGGCAACACUAUCUCUCCUAUGACUUCAAGAUACAGGUGUUGGGAGACACUAAUGGUGGUAUUGGUGGCGUAUUGUGCAUGGGUAUGUCCAUUUGAGAUAGCCUUCAUGAACACAAAUCCAACCAAGAAGCUUUACAUAGCAGAUAAUAUUGUCAAUCUCUUCUUUGCGGCUGAUAUCAUCUUGACAUUCUCUGUCGCUUAUAUUGAUCCUACCUCUCAGCUCCUUGUUCGUGAUCGAAGAAAAAUUGCUACAAGAUAUCUAUCAACAUGGUUUCUAAUGGAUGUGGCUUCCACCAUCCCUUUUGACGUACUUGCCAUGUUGUUUACUGGCAAACAUCAAGUUGGUAUUUCUUACUCCGUUUUAGGAAUGCUCAGAUUUUGGCGUCUUCGCAAGGUUAAGCAAUUUUUCACCAGACUUGAAAAGGAUAUGAGAUUCAGCUAUUUUUGGAUCAGAUGUGCAAGGCUUUUGUUUGUAACACUAUUUUCAGUGCACUGUGCUGGAUGCCUCUACUACUUGUUAGCUGACAGAUAUCCCCAACAAGGAAACACUUGGUUAGGAUCUGUGAAUCCCAAAUUCAGGGAGACAAGCCUUUGGAUUAGGUAUAUUUCAGCAAUCUAUUGGUCCAUCACCACCAUGACCACAGUUGGCUAUGGUGACCUUCAUGCUGUUAACACUAUGGAAAUGAUCUUCAUCAUUUUCUACAUGCUCUUCAAUCUUGGCCUCACUGCUUACAUUAUUGGUAACAUGACCAAUUUAGUCGUUGAAGGAACUCGUCGCACCAUGGAAUUCAGAAAUAGCAUUGAAUCAGCUUCAAACUUUGUGUGUCGAAAUCGCUUGCCUCCAAGAUUGAAGGAGCAAAUACUGGCUUACAUGUGUUUAAGAUUCAGGGCAGAGAGCUUAAACCAGCAACAACUGAUUGAACAACUUCCCAAGACAAUCUGCAAGAGUAUCCGGCAUCAUUUGUUUUUGCCAACUGUUGAAAAGGUCUAUCUUUUCAAGGGUGUCUCCAGGGAAAUUCUCCUGCACCUGGUUGCAGAUAUGAAGGCUGAGUAUAUACCCCCAAGAGAGGAUGUCAUAAUGCAGAAUGAAUCGCCAGAUGAGGUUUACGUCAUAGUGUCAGGGGAGGUGGAAAUGAUUGAUAGUGAGAUGGAGAAUGAGCAGAUCGUUUGGACACUGAGAUGUGGGGACAUGUUUGGAGAAGUUGGGGCCUUUUGUUGUAGGCCUCAGAGCUACACGUAUCGGACCAGGACACUUUCACAACUCUUGAAGAUAAGAACAACUUCUUUGAUUGACGCAAUAAAGAGCAGGCAGGACGAUAAUGUCACCAUGAUGAAGAACUUCCUUCAGCACCACAAGAAGCUCAAGGAUUUAAGACUUACGGACCUGUUCCUUGAAGUUGGGGAAGAAGAUAGUGAUCCAAACAUGUCCAUCAAUUUGCUGACUGUUGCCAGUACGGGCAAUGCUGCUUUUCUUGAUGAGCUUCUCAAGGCAAGAUUAGACCCUGAUAUUGGUGACUCCAAAGGAAGAACCCCACUGCAUAUGGCAGCAUCAAAAGGACACGAAGAAUGUGUAAUGAUGCUUCUCAGACAUGGAUGUAACAUACAUUUACAAGAUGUAAAUGGUAGUACCGCAUUAUGGGAAGCUAUAGCAGCAAAACACCAUCCCAUAUUUGAAAUUCUGUACCAUUGGGCUUCCAUUUCCGAUCCCUACGUUGCUGGUGACCUCUUAUGUACAGCAGCUCGGAGGAAUGACUUAACAAUUAUGAAGGAACUCCUUAAACAUGGAUUACUUGUUGACUCAAAAGAUCGACAUGGAUUAACUGCUAUCCAUGUUGCAAUAGAAGAAAAUCAUGUAGAGAUGGUAAAGCUUCUAUUAUUGAACGGAGCUGAGAUUGAUGAUACAUUGAAGUACAAGAUUUCAUCAAUGAACCUGAGCGAAAUGCUGCAAAAACGAGAAGUUGGGCACAGGAUUAUAGUAAUGGAUGAAGUUGAUCAUAAGUGGCAUGAACAGGAGCAGAAAUACAGCUCCGAGAGUUUUACGGAUCAAUGUUCGUUUAGAGUUGGCAUAUAUAGAGGUCAUCCUAAGGUCAGGAGUAGAACUUAUUGCAGUGAACCUGGAAGGUUAAUAAGGCUUCCUAAUUCACUUGCAGAACUCAAGAGCAUUGCAGGCCAGAAGUUUGGAUUUGAUGCAAAAGAUGCAUUGGUGACAGACGAACAAGGAGCAGAGAUUGACUCUGUUGAAGUCAUAAGGGAUAAUGAUAAGCUUUAUAUAGUUGAAAACAAACUCCCUAAUGUAGCAUAAACUGUUCUAGUAGUAUUUAAGUCUCUGUUCUACUAUAUGCAAAACUAACCAUCUAUAAAAUUGAAGAAAAGAAUUUUACAUCUUCCACUA